CCCGCCAAUUUUCUGACCGGUCCUUGCAACCACAACCAACCAUGUUUCGUUUGGCCGCACAGAGAGCAAUCGCCCACAGACUCGCCGGCUCGUCGAGAGCCGGUCUGAGGGUGUCUUCCCUGCACACUCGUUGCUGGACUGCGACAUGGAGGUCGUCUUCUCCACCACUCCCUUCGUUCUCGAGGAUAGGCCGCCGUGGCUACGCUGAGGCCACCAAGUUUUCUCGGACCAAACCUCACAUGAACAUUGGCACGAUCGGUCACGUCGAUCAUGGAAAGACCACCCUCACUGCCGCCAUUACCAAGGUAUUGGCCGACAGAGGCGCGGCCAAGUUCACCGACUAUUCUCAGAUAGACAAGGCGCCGGAAGAGAAAGCACGUGGCAUCACUAUCAACUCGGCUCAUGUCGAAUAUGAGUCCGAAAACCGCCACUACGCCCAUGUCGAUUGUCCUGGACAUGCAGACUACGUCAAGAAUAUGAUUACCGGUGCUGCUCAAAUGGAUGGUGGUAUCAUCGUCGUUGCAGCCACCGACGGCCAGAUGCCCCAAACACGUGAACAUCUUCUGCUCGCCCGCCAAGUCGGAAUCAAAAAACUCGUUGUCUUCAUUAACAAGGUAGACAUGAUCUCGGAUCCUGAGAUGCUCGAGCUCGUCGAGAUGGAGAUGCGUGAUCUCCUCUCCACCUACAACUUCGACGGUGAGAGCACACCCAUCGUGGCGGGCUCUGCGUUGGCUGCUUUGGAAGGUCGCGACGAUGAAGUUGGGAAAGAUAAAAUCUUGGAAUUGGUAAAAGCAUGCGACGAAUGGCUUGACGUUCCUGCACGUGAUCUCGACAAGCCAUACUUGAUGCCUGUAGAGGACGUCUUUUCCAUACCCGGUCGUGGAACUGUUGCCACUGGUCGUGCGGAGCGUGGAGUCAUAAACAAGGGUGACGAGGUUGAAGUUAUUGGCCUCGGCACUUCGUACAAGACCACAGUUACUGGCAUUGAAAUGUUCCAUAAGGAGCUCGACCGUGGCGAGGCUGGCGACAACAUGGGCUGCUUGCUUCGUGGUAUCAAGCGCGAGCAACUGAAGCGUGGGCAAAUUAUCGCUGCUCCUGGCUCGAUCAAGGCUGUUAGGAAGUUUGUUGCACAGCUUUACAUUCUGACCCCAGACGAGGGCGGUCGUUACACGCCCUUCAUGGCUCACUAUCGACCGCAACUCUUCCUGCGGACUGCCGAUAUCACCACUUCAUUAAAUUUCCCGGACGGCACUCCUGACGCGGAUGAAAAAAUGGUUAUGCCUGGGGACAAUGUGGAGAUGGUGUGCGCGCUCCACACUGAUGUUGCUGCUGAAGCCGGCUCUCGCUUCACUCUUCGUGAGGGCAACAAGACCAUUGGUACGGGGAUAGUUACCAAGAUCUUGGAGUACGCGUGAGACUUAGGCUACACAUAAUUUACUGGUAUAAUUACAUGUUAGAUCAUAUCGCAUUUUGCAUCCCCUCUCAGUAUUAACCGAGUGUUGCCACGAGGGUAUUUGGAAGAUUUUCUUGAGAACAUCUGACCCU